AAUUGAUCGUGUUCUUCUCGCCACCUCACGCAGUAGAUGAUCUUUAUGAUCGCCUGCAUAAUUUCUAAUGAUAAAAAAAUAAAACUUUCGCUAUAUAAGGUGAUGGAGUUCAGCAAGGAGGCAUGCAAGAGAAGAAAACAAGCCACAAGCUGCAAUGGCACUUAGCUUCCUCCUCCUCCUCCUCCUCCUCUUCGUUUUCAUGCUCCUCUACUUUGCUUUACAUUUCCUUCCCAAGCUAAGGUCUCGGAGUCAAGGGAAAGUACCACCCAAUCCUCCACCCGUUCCCAUAUUGGGCAAUCUGUGGCUCAUCAAGUCCUUCUCCCAACUCGGCCACAUCCUCCGCCACCUCAAGGCUGCCUAUGGCCCGAUUGUGACAGUCUAUAUCGGCCGCCGCCCGGCCAUCUUCAUCAUGGACCGCACCUUUGCGCAUCGCUCCCUUGUCCAGAAGGGCGUGGCCUUCUCGCACCGACCACCACCCCUCAGCACCUCCCGCGCCCUUGGUGCCAAUGUCCAUACCAUCAACAUGGCUGCCUAUGGCCCUCACUGGCGCCUCCUUCGCCGGGCACUCUCGUCCUACGUCUUCCACCCUUCCCACCUCGGCUUGCAAGCCGACGCCCGUGCAUGGGCCCUCGACGCGCUCCUCCAGGAGCUUAUCUCUGAAGCCGAAGCUGGUGGAGGCAUCGUUCAGCUCAGCGAGAGACUGCUGUUCUCUGGCUUCCGCUUGUUCACGCUUUUAUGCUUCGGCGAUAAACUUGAGGAGGAAAUUAUAAAGUCCAUAAGGGACGCCCUAAUGGGCUCGUUAAAGAUCGCAGUUAUGCUUCGCGUCUACAAUCUUUUACCAAACCUUGCUUUGUUGGUGUUCUGGAGGAGAUUGAUCAAGUUCCUACGCAUCCGGCAGCAGCUGGAUGAUCUUUUUGUCCCUCUCAUCCGAGUCCGUCAACAGCAACGUCAAAGCCAACGUGAACCUUCCCUAAGCCGGUCAUCCUCCUACGUCGACACACUCCUGGAGUUCAGGCACGUCGACCAAGGAGGAAGAGAGCUUAGCGAGGAGGAGAUAGUGGGCUUGUGCUCCGAGUUUCUCACCGCGAGCGCUGAGACCACAUCCACGGGUGUGGAAUGGAUCAUGGCUAACCUUGUCAAACACCAAGACAUACAAGAGAAGCUCUGGACGGAGAUCGAGAGCGUCAUGUGUGCAACACAAAGGGCGACGGUCGAAGAAGAAGAUAUACGAAGAAUGCCCUAUCUGAAGGCGGUGGUGCUCGAAGGGCUACGACGGCACCCGCCGGUGCAUCUCCUCUUGCCGCACAUGGUGGCGGAGGAGACUGUGUUGGACGGCUACGUGAUACCGCGCGGAGCUAUCGUGAACUGCUCGGUGGCGGAGAUCGGACGGGACGGGAAGGUGUGGAGUGAGCCGUGGGAGUUCCGGCCUGAGAGAUUCUUGGCUGGGGGCGAGGGGGAAGGCGUGGACCUGACGGGGAGCAAGGAGAUCAAGAUGAUGCCUUUCGGGGCAGGGAAGAGGAUGUGUCCAGGGAUGGGCAUCUCCGUGCUGCUGCUGGAGUACUUCGUGGCCAAUCUGGUGAGGAAGUUCCGGUGGAAGGGCUUGGCGGGGAAGGAGGUAGACCUGUCUGAGAAGCCGGGGCUGGCUGUGGGAAUGAAGAAUCCAUUCCGAGCUCGCAUAGUGGGCAGAAACUAGUGAGACACGCCGUGGCUUGGAUGCUGUCAUCUAUUUCCCUUAGAUGAUGUGUUCCCUCUGAAGCCAGGUUACACCACCCCCCACUGUUGCUUCUGCUCCACAUGAUCGUGAUGUAAGUGUUGGAUAUAUCGUUGUCGCUCGUGUACUAUCGUAAACCAACGAAGGUGUUGUCAUUUUUCUUU